AUGGCUGCUUACUGGAUCCUGCAUUUGGCACUGCUCCUCCUAUCCAUCACCUCUCAGCAGGUUCUCGCGGCGAGGCCGCAGGACCGCCAUACCAUCAGCGUCCAGUCUCUGCUGUCUAGCUCGAUGUGUUCUUCGGCAUCUGCCGCUCCAGUGUCUCGUCAUGGAGCAGCUGCAAGCACCCUCCAAACCGUCCGCCGCGCGUGCCUGCAAACCGGCGACCACGAACCAGUGCCGGACCACCACGACACUACUGCCAUCCUGCACCGAGACCGCCACCGAGUCCAGUCCAUCCACCGGCGCCUCACCGGGGCGGAAACCACAGCCACCAGCAUCCCCGCCCGUCUCGGCCUCGCCUUCCAGAGUCUCGAGUACGUGGUCACCAUCGGCAUCGGAACCCCAGCGCGCAACUUCACGGUCCUCUUCGACACCGGCUGCGACCUCACCUGGGUGCAGUGCCUGCCGUGCCCCGACUCCUCCUGCUAUCACCAGGAAGAACCCUUGUUCGACCCGAGUAAGUCUUCCACCCUCGCCGAGGAGACUUUUACUUUGUCGCCGCUAGCGCCGCCUGCCACCGGAGUCGUGUUUGGGUGCAGCCAUGAGUAUAUUUCUGGCUUCAACGACACGGACAUGGGUGUCGCCGGUCUGCUUGGUCUAGGCCGGGGCGACUCGUCCAUCCUCUCGCAGGCACGCCAGGGCAACAGCGGAGGCGGCGUGUUCUCCUACUGCCUCCCUCCACGCGGGAGCUCCACGGGAUACCUCACCAUUGGCGCCGCCGCUCCUCAGCAGUCGAACCUGUCUUUCACGCCUCUGAUAACCACUAUCUCUCAGCUGAGCUUUGCGUACGUGGUGAACCUCGCCGGCAUCUCCGUCAACGGUGCGGCCGUGCCUAUACCGGCGUCGGCUUUCUCCCUGGGGGCGAUCAUCGACUCCGGCACGGUGGCCACGCACAUGCCGGCCGCCGCGUACUACCCGCUGCGCGACGAGUUCAGGCGCCACAUGGGCGGUUACAAGAUGCUGCCGGAGGGGUCCGUGGAAUUGCUGGACACGUGCUACGACGUGACGGGGCAGGACGUCGUGACGGCGCCGCGGGUGGGGCUCGAGUUUGGUGGCGGCGCGAGGAUCGACGUGGACGCGUCUGGGAUUCUAUUUGUGUUCCCGGUAGCAGAUGACUCAGGGCCAUCCCUGACGCUCGCGUGCUUGGCCUUCGUGCCCACGAAUUCGCCGGGUCUCGUCAUCGUCGGCAACAUGCAGCAGAGGGCGUACAACGUCGUGUUCGAUGUGGAUGGAGGCAGGAUUGGCUUCGGACCAAACGGAUGCAGUUGA